UGAAUCUGGCGUCUCCCUCGCUCCAAUCUCCGCAUUGUUGUUUGGUUUAAAUUCUCUCCCCCGGAGAUCAAUCGAACAAGAAAAUAAAACGAAAAGGCGAUGCUUCAAGGAUCAAGCGCCUCAACGUCUGGGUCAUUCUUUCGAUUCAAUUAUCUUGUUAUGUAGAUUUGGGAGACGAAGAAGCUUGGAUGGUUUGCUGCGGAUUUAUGUGGAAAUCAGGAGGGGAGGAUUUGCAAGGUUUCUAUCCAAUUAGGCCAGAAUGCGAAGCAGAUGUUCCAAGGACCCGAUUUAAGUCCAGGGCAGGCAAAACUCUCAGUGCAAGAAGAUGGGCAGCUGCAUUUACAGAAGAUGGGCAUCUGGAUAUGGAAAGAGUGCUGAGACGAAUACAGCGCGGGGGAGUCCAUCCCUCGAUCAAAGGAGCAGUGUGGGAGUUUUUAUUAGGAUGCUAUGAUCCAAACAGCACAUUUGAGCAAAGUAACAAGCUGAGGAGCCGCAGGAGGGAGCAGUACAGCGCAUGGAAAGAAGAAUGCCGGAAAAUGGUUCCUGUCAUCGGUAGUGGGAGGCUCGUCUCAUUGCCAGUGGUCGCACAAAAUGGGCAACCUAUAGAGGAUUCUUCUGAAGAAAAUCAAGGAUGGCUUGUGAAAACCGCUAUUUCAGACCAGAGAAUACUCCAGUGGAUGCUUUCAUUGCAUCAAAUCGGUCUGGACGUUGUAAGAACAGAUCGGUAUCUCUGCUUUUAUGAGAGUGACAGUAAUCAAGCAAGACUCUGGGAUGUUCUUGCCAUCUAUACGUGGUUGAAUCCCGAUAUUGGUUACGUCCAAGGAAUGAACGAUAUAUGUUCUCCGAUGAUAAUCCUUCUUGAGAAUGAAGCUGAUGCUUUCUGGUGUUUUGAGCGUGCAAUGCGAAGACUAAGAGAGAAUUUUAGGGCAACUACAACAUCGAUGGGUGUCCAGACUCAGCUGGGUGUGCUCUCACAGAUCGUUAGUACUGUUAAUCCUCGGCUCCAUCAACACCUUGAGGACCUUGACGGCGGAGAAUAUCUAUUUGCUAUACGGAUGCUGAUGGUACUUUUCAGGAGGGAGUUCUCCUUCAUGGAUGCGUUGUACCUUUGGGAGAUGAUGUGGGCCAUGGAAUACAAUCCAUUCAUGUUUGCAUCAUACGAAGAACCAGAAAACAGCCAUGCGCCUGAACUGAAUCCUAAGUUACUGAAACAGUGCGGGAAGUUUGAGAGAAAAUCCGUGAAGAGUGGUGGUCAGACUGAGCAACACAAAACGCUCGCCGUUUUUGUGGUCGCUAGUGUUCUGGAGACCAAGAACAAGCGUCUCUUGAACGAAGCAAAAGGCCUAGACGACGUCGUUCAGAUAUUGGGCGACAUAGCAGGUAAUCUAGACGCUAAAAAGGCAUGUAGGGAAGCAUUGAGGAUUCAUGAGAAAUUCCUGAGGAAGGUUAAGAAGCAAUAGAGGUUGCUGGACUUUACCAAGCAAAUAUCGAUGACUCGGAGGGGCCGGGUACUCCUGAGAAAACCCGGCAUGUAUCCAUGAGAAAUGCUAAUUUUUUUGUUCUUUUUUUUGGUAUCCUCUCUGUGGUUGGAGGAGAUGAGUGUAUUAUCCUCUUCUUUGGGUUUGAGUUUCUGAGUCUCGCCCUGAUUCAUUUCACUGUAAUGUGAUAAAAACAAGUUGAGGCAUGUGUGCUGUCUUUGGUUUGCAAGAAGAGACUUCCUGACGUUUUUUUU